GGCGUGCGGCUCCGCUUUGUGUCGCCGUGAACGGAGGCUCCUGCGCUCGACGGGUUCCGCCGCUUUCUCUGAAAGCACAAGUAGGUGAAAGGAUCGUUAUCUUCAGGACAUUUACAGGUAAGUGAAAGUGAAAGUUAGGUUACGGGACUAUAUAUACAGGCUGCACUCCAGCUCCACGGGAAACACACACGUAACACACAUUAACACGAGACAGGAUGGCGAGGAACAGCAUGAUGGUGCAGACAACUCCUGCCUUACUGCUGCUGGUACUGAUCUUCUUCACCUGGAACUACCCAGCAGCAGCCUCGGAUGGAGCAGCGGACUGCUGUCUUACCAUCGGACCCAAGAAAAUCCCCCGAAAUAUGGUGAAGUCCUACUACAUCCAGACUCAGGGGAUGGGCUGCAGGGUGUCGGCCACAGUGUUUGUCACCAAAAAGGACAAGAAACUGUGCGCCCCUCCAGCCACAAAGAACAACUGGGUUCAAAAACUGAUCCAUAAAAUGAAUGGAAAGCCCAGGAGAAGAUCUAAAGGCAGGAAGCAGUAG